AUGCUUGCGGUGUUCCUGAAAGAUCCUGCAUAUCAUCUUCAGAAGAAUGUGCCGUAAUCCUACCUCAGUAUCGUUGCUCUCCACCAUGGUUAACUUGCUGCGGUAAUUGUAUCUCUUCCAACUGCUCCGGCAGCUGCAGAGCUGCGGGUACUUGUCUUGAUGAUGAAUUCACGGUGACGGACUGUGGCACAUACUGCGACUGUUGUGAAAGCUGUCAAGCUGAUGAUUGUAUUGGCCGGUGUGUGGGCAACCCUGAUCUCUGUUUCGAUGACGAGUACAUCAAUGGAACCUGUACUGGAGACAAUUGCACUUGCUGUGUACAUUGUGGCGACCCAGACUCUCAGUGUGAAGAAGCAGGUGGUUUAUGUGUCGCUGCUGAGAAUGAAUGUCCAUGUGGCUAUUUUCCGAGUCCUGACUUUGGGUGCACAAGUGGAGAUUGCAUCUGCUGUGUUGCUUGCAUCGCUUCAAGAGGCUGCAGCGGGGGACACAAUCCUGGAAGAUGCGUGGUUAAUUCGACCAUGUGCAACGCGGAUGAUGAAUAUAUCUCCAGCGACGAAUGCGCUAGUAAUGUUGGUGAGUGUUCCUGCUGCAAAACCUGCACACCUGACCAAAUAUGCGCUCAGGAAGGAGGCACGUGCACCAAACUAAGUAUCGGCUGUGCAUCUGGAUUUAGGAAGAGCAUACUCGGCGGAGGCUGCUGUACCGAUGAGUGUAUCUGUUGUGUUCCGGACGCGUGCAAUAGUACAAAUUUCCGGUGCACCCCUGACGCGUAUGGUACAGAAUGCAGAGAAAGCUGCAGGAAUAAAAGGCUACAAUACGAGACCAAUAUCUACUGUGCAAUUAACCAGACGUGCUGCAAGGCGUGCAUUCCUGACCCGUCAUGUUCUGAAGAGGGUGGAAUCUGCGUCACCAGAAAUACAGGAGGUUGUAGGGGAGAUCUUAUUGAGAGCAGUAAUGGCAAAUGUUGUAACUCUGAAUUUUGUGCGUGUUGUGUUCCGAAUCCCCAAAAAUCGUGUUGGAAUGCGACCUGCCUCGCCGAUGACAACCCUGUAGUUUUUCAAGGAGGGUGUAAUGUUAUUGGUGACUACAGACUCAAGCCUGAUUGUGGUGUCGCGUGCUGUAAGCUGUGCAAGCCAGACUCACUGUGCUGCAGUGAAGGAGGGAGAUGCUACAAAGGUAGUUGUCCCCCCUGACCUUCACGUGGCACCAACUGGAAGUUGCAAUGAUAAUGACAACUGCCUAUGCUGUGUUUAAAAGUGUUCCAAGUGCAUGAUCCUCUCAACAGGUGACCCCACGCCGUGUCCUGGCCGCCGAGCAACACACCUACGCACGUCUAGACAGUUUCCUUGUAUCAUUUACUUUUUUGUUAUGUCAUUACCAGGCACCAAUCUCUGCUAAAUCAGAAGAAAAAAUAUGACAUUUUAUAUAUUACAAAUUGGCACACGGAACGUUUCCUUUUUCUUUUAGCAUUAUAAAAAGUAAAAAAAAAAAAAAAAUAAAAUAAAUAGAUAAAUACAA